GCCACUCACACAAGCAAGCACUCGUUACACACACAUGACCAUCAUCUCCGGCAGCUCGGGCAUUCUGGUUCAAGCUGUUGGAGGUGAUGGUCAUGUGUGCAUCAGGUGUUCUUGCUUGUGUGAAUGAAUGUGUGUAUGUUUCUUUUCUGAUGAAGGCUGUGGCUGAAAGCUAAUGUGUAAGUGACUUUUAACUGUGCCUGUCUGCAACUUAAUGUGUCAUCUUUAUAGUAAGUAGCAAUCUAUCUUUUCCUCAUGUUGUUGGUAUUCCGACAUGUAAUUGUUUGGAUAUCGAUUGUAUACAGAGAAGGGCAGCACAUAUGGUCACAUAAUUUGUCUGACCAAUGGAUGAAUGUUGCAAAAUUAUGAAAAAUCUGAAUGAACUGAUCACUUGAAGAAAGAUGCCAGCUCUCCCACAAAGGCCUGCAUUCUGCUACAUUGCCAGCUGUUAACCAGUAAUUGGUAAUAAUGUAAUCCACAUGUGAAUGGCACAGGAAGAGCCCUAAUACAGAAAUGCCACGUCGUCGUGGAUGUCGAUAUAAGCCGGACAACUUCUGCUACAGCUGUGGGAAGUUCACUUUUGCCAGAAAUAGGAAGAAAAUUUCUUCAGUCAUAAAGAAAGCAUGCAAACAUUACUUUGGAGUAGAGGUAGGAGACUAAGAUAAAGAAUGGGCACCACAUUUCUGUUGUGCUACAUGUUACUGCAAACUAAUUCAGUGGUGGAAAGGUAAAGAGAAUGUGGCAUUGUUUGCUGUUCCCAUGAUGUGGAGGGAGCCUAAGGACCAUGUUGCUGAUAGUUAUUUCUGUCUAACAAAAUUCAGGGUUUUACAAACAAAAAGUCGAAGAGGCACAUUGUUUACCCAGAUCUGCCUUCAGCAAGAAUGCCAGUGCAGCAUGCCGACAACCUUCCAGUACCGUCAAGAACUCGAGGUCAAAUUCCGAGUGACAGUGAAAUAAGUAGUACUCAAGAAAUCACAGAUGAUGAUUCUUUAUAUCACUGCACAAGUGAGUCAUCGCCACAUUUGUUAACACAGGCAGAUUUAAAUGAUUUAGUAAGUGAUCUAGAACUAAGUAAACAAAAGGCGCAGCUGUUUGGUUCAAGAUUACAAGAGUAUAAUCUACUGCACCAAAGUACUAAAAUCAGUGUGUUCAGGCACAGAGAACAUGCCUUUAUUUCUUAUUUUUCAACUGACGAAGCACUGACAUUUUGCAAUGACGUUGCUGGCCUGAUGAAAGUGCUGAACUUCACUUAUAUUUCACAGGAGUGGAGACUUUUCAUAGAUGCAUCGAAAACAAGUCUGAAGGGUUUUUUGCUCCAUAACGGAAAUAAAAUACCCUCUGUUCCAGUAGCUUACGCUAGUUUGACAAAAGAGAAUUACGAAUUCGUACAAAGGAUGCUAAAUUCAUUAAAAUACAAUGAACACAAAUGGAAAAUAUGUGCAGAUUUCAAGGUAAUUGCUAUGGUACUGGGAAUGCAACGAAGCUACACAAAGUAUGCCUGUUUUCUUUGCGAGUGGGAUACUCGAGACCGAAAUUCUCACUACGUGAAAAAGAAAUGGCCUAGGCGAAGAUGGAAAGUUGGCGAAAAGAAUGUACAACGUGAAAGUCUGGUAGCUCCUGACUAUAUACUACUUCCACCGCUUCACAUCCAACUUGGCCUGAUGAAACAAUUGGUGAAGACCAUGGAUCCAACAGGCUGGGGGUUUGCAUAUCUAGCUACCAAAUUCCCCCGUCUUUCAGCUGCAAAAAUAAAGGAAGGUGUAUUUGUGGGCCCACAAAUCAGGGAGCUGCAGAAAGAUGCAAAUUUUGAAGCAUGUUUAACUGAUAAAGAAAAAACCGCAUGGGACUGUUUCAAGAUGGUGUUGGAAAACUUCCUCAGAGGAAGAAGAGCUACUAACUACAAAGCAAUGGUGAAGGAUAUGAUCAAAGCAUAUCAGGAUUUGGGGUGCAAUAUGUCUUUGAAGGUACAUAUGAUGGACUCUCAUCUGGACUACUUCACAGAGAGUUGUAGUGACGUAUCGGAUGAACAUGGGGAAAGAUUCCAUAAAGACAUUUCUACCAUAGAAAGGCGCUAUGAAGGGAAGUGGGUACCUUCUAUGUUAGCAGAUUAUUGCUGGAAUAUCAUUCGAGAGAAGAAAGAUUCACAAUACGAGAGAAAAAAGUGAUGUGCAUUACAAGGCA